AUGGAACAGCCUACAAACAAGCCAAUGGGUCACUUAGGAGCACCUGGCACUGCACCAAAGAGAAAAUUUGCUCCCCAACUUGUCGAGUCAAGCAGCCGGUCAUACAAGAAAAUGGACAGCAGCAACAGGGCCGCUGAAGCGUCGGACAGCCGUCAAGUUCAAGGAGGCCGGGUGAAAUUUCAGCAACAUGAAACGACCAAGGAACAAGUCGGGGAAAUGACAGUGCAGUUUCAAAAUGACGCUGAAUCACGACUCGCCUAUCGAAUCCCUGAAACUACCUCCAAGAAAUUUCUUCCUCAAUUAAUUGAGACUGCAAAGCGUUCUUUUCGCCAGGAUAAUACGUACAACAGCUAUGGCUUUCCGCAGAGUCGAAAUAUCAUCAGGACUUCUUCUCUAAAUCCACGACUGAGGCAUGAAACGGAGUCCCGAUUCUCUUACGCAAAUCUUGUUUGCCGCCGAGAGACCAGAAGGCAUUCGUUUCGUGUUCCCGAUCUGCCAGCAAUACCUUCGAGUAGCAGUGAAGAGUCCUUACACUCCCCAAUAUCGUCUCUUGCAACUUCCCCUAAUCUGAGUACACCCAGAAAUGUGCCCCCACGCGAAGCUGAUCCCCAUGUCUAUGACAAUACGCCGGACUCUUUUAUUGAUGUUAAUUUUUACUCCUUGCCUGAUAAUACACAGGAAAAGCUGCUUCAAGACCAGGCUUUGGCGGCUUUCCCCAACGAGCAAGUGCAUCAGCAAGUCUCCCAUUUUGCUAUUGACCCAGAGGAUGAGGACGACACUGCAGAUGAUGAUAGCAGCGUAGAGAUUGCAUUCAGGAGAAUGUCCUUUGAUCAGACUCGGUUCAGACGACAGUCCAGUGUCGACUUAACAUGGGAGCUGGAAGAGAUGCGCCGGCAUAAAGAGGAGUCAGUGAUGCGGGCGCGAGAACAACGAUUUGCCCUUGGCCAGUCAAACUUCUCUGCGGCAGCCAUUGCCUCAAAAAGAGCCAUUGACGAUUCCAAAAUCUUGAGCCGCCUCAAAAUCGAUGUUACUGCUGGCUUUCAGAAAGGCACCGAAGCAGCCACAAAAGACCGUGCUGUACGCCCGCCGAUGCUAGGCAACGAUAUUGUCUUUCCCCAAUGUGAGUCUCCUCAGACUUCAAGGUGUGAAUCUGAUCAACACUCCUCUUCCCACUACAGCGAAGAUAGUGAGCAACAGGAGCCGCAUCCCAGCCCCCUCUGGGCUCCCAAAAUGAACCUAAAUGCAUGCCAGGAGCCCGGCCUAUGGCAUAGCACUUGUAAGAAACCCAGCGGUCUCUUUCUUCCCUCUCCUAAAAUAACAAUAUUUGAAACUCGACCCGAUAAUUCGAGUAACGAGACGCCCGCUGCCUGCACUGUAACAUCGACUACUUGUCUUGCUGUUCCAACUGCGAAACCUCGUUAUUGUGAAGCAAAAAAGUCUAAGGAGAGCAUUCGAUCACUAGAAGAAAUGAUUGAGCAUGAAUUCAAUGACGAGUUCAUCACGCAAAUCUAUAAUUAUCUCUCACUAGGAUACCCUUGCCUUGCACGAGAUUACGAUGAAGAGAUCAGCUCAGUUACAAAUAUCCCGGUGGAAGAGUUGCGCAAAGAUGACCAGUUUGCGAACGCAAAGGGCCAUCUUAACGCUCCUGAAAGCGUCUCAGGCAAUUUAGACAAAUGUGCACGAUGGGUAGCACUGCGACUAUACAUACAUGAAUGGGCUCGCAAGCAGCCGACGUUGAGAAACCCUGAUUCUGGCGUUGAGGGCUGGGGUGUCAGGGCACGAGGAAGCUGGGCCGUGUAG